AUGGAUCAAUCCGCAAUGCGUGCGCGCCUCCUACUUGUCCUUGUGAUCAUCUUCUCUGCUGCUACGCUUGGAGCGGCAAGACUGGUUCCUCCAGCUGACCAUCGUCUCCACUAUUUUCCGUCCGGACCCCCUGCCUCGACCAUUGCUGCUUUGAGUGAUGCUGAAUUCCGGAGGAUGCUUCACGAGGUGCCGUCGGGUCCCAAUCCCGUCGGCAACAUGUUGCCCGGGAGGUACUUAGUCCGACGGUCUCCUCCAGAGCUCGGGUUCCCGUGAAAGAGAGAUAGGAUCACGUUAGCUUU